AUGUCAUCAACGCCAUUUCCUCCAAUCGUUCGCAUUGAUCGUGAAUUAUCAGCAGUUGUAGAGAACGACCCAUAUCGACUGAAUACUCGUAAUGACGAUCGAACAGGAAUCAAUGACUUAUCAGCAACAACUCAGACGAGUUCAGGGAAUGCAUCAACAUCGACUCAAAUAAUUCCUGAUGUGCGUUCGCUAAUGCAGCCUGAAGAAGUAAAAGAUAAAAGGUGUUGGAUUUGCUUUGGCGAAGAAUCCGACAGUGUGGGUAAAUGGGUCCGACCUUGUAAAUGUUCUCUUAUAUGUCACGAAGAAUGUUUGCUUGCUUGGAUUACAGAAAACCAGAAAAGCACUGCGCUAAAGAAGAGCGUAUGCAGUAAUCACGAUGGUUGGCCUCGAAGAUGGCGAACGACUUUUGGAAGGACCUUGGAGCUGGAGGAUCUGUGUAAGGCUCGUAUUGCCGAUCCGGUGAUGCCACUUAUCCCUAUGCUUUUCAUCAGAUACGAUCAAUUAAGAACUACAAUGCCUCUGAACCCAUCUCUUACAAUCUCUCUCUUACCAUGGGCUAGAAUAAUUUAUAAUUAUACUUAUACUCGUUUGUUUGGUCGACUUGAGCAAUCAUGGCGUAGACAGCUCGAACCAUAUUCAGUUACGACAGAUUCUGAAAAUGGUGAAAAUGGUAAUGAACGACGUCGGGAGAAUCAAGAUAUGUUGGAUCGUUUGGAUAGAAGCAAUGCUGGACGCAAAAUUAUUGGUGCAUUGUGCUUGCCAUUUAUUUCUGCUAUGGUUGGAAGCUUCCUUGGUCGCUUUUCAUUUAUUCGCUCACGUAUACCAGACACUUUUCACCGCAAUGUUCUUGGUGGAUGUCUAUUUAUAGUCAUAAAGGAUAUUAUGAAUCUCACAUAUAAAUACCAAAGAGCAAAGCAUCGGCGGUCCAGGCAUAUCAAAAAUUAUACAGAAUUUGCGAAUGAAGAAUUAACAUCUAAUACUAGAUAA